CUUUGUGCACUGACACACAACUUCCAGCACCUGCCAGCUGGGCCAAAAUGGGGAUUAGCAAAGCUGCCUUUCUCUUUCUUUUCUUGCUCAGCUCAGUGAAAGGAGAUAUACUGGAUGACUAUUUAAGAACAGAUGGUGUUUGGAUACUUACUCGAAAUAAACAGUUUUACAAGACAAAUAAUGAAAAAGAAUGUGCAGAGAAAUGUGAAGCAGAAAGAAAUUUAACCUGCAGGGCUUUCCUAUUCACCAGGAAAAAGCUAGAGUGUUUAACACUGGCUGAAAAUGCUAAAAUGACAGUGAUGUUCACCAGCACGGACACAGUUCUUUAUGAGAAGAGAAUUUACCUUAUGGAGUGUAAAAGAGGGAUUGGGACAGACUACAGAGGAACAGAAGCCAAGACUCAGAGGGGUAUUCCAUGCCAGAAGUGGGCAGAAAAAAUACCCCACAAACCAAAUUAUACACCCGAAAAACACCCCAAUGCAGGGCUGGAGGAAAACUACUGCAGAAAUCCUGAUGGGGAUGAAAGUGGACCUUGGUGUUACACAACAGAUCCUGCUACGAGAUUUGAUUACUGUGCCAUUCCAGAGUGUGAGGACCAGGUCACACACACUGGAGAAGGACCUACAGGGGAGUGCAUGCAGUGUAAUGGCGAGGAUUACCAUGGACAAGUUUCAAGAACAGAGUCUGGACUUGAGUGCCAACGCUGGGAUGCCCAAGAGCCUCAUAUGCAUGGAUUUACCCAGAAACACUAUCCAGAGAAGGAUCUGAAGAUGAAUUAUUGCCGCAAUCCUGAUGGUGAACUUCAGCCCUGGUGUUUCACUACCAGCCCAAAUAAACGCUGGGAAUAUUGCAACAUUCCUCACUGCUCUACACACCCACCAGUCUCUGGCCUAGACUCCCAGUGUCUUUCAGGGAAAGGAGAAGACUAUCGAGGAAGGAUAUCCAUCACCGAAUCAGGAAAUGCCUGUCAACACUGGAACACACAGUUUCCUCACAAACAUGGUUGGAUUCCUGACAGAUACCCCUGCAAGGGCUUAGAGGAAAACUACUGUAGAAACCCUGAUGGAGAGAAGAAGCCUUGGUGCUAUACCACCAGCAGCAGCGUUAGAUGGGAAUAUUGCACAAUUCCUCCCUGUGACAGGACAGAUCAAGGGAUUGCUGAUGUGCCCGCACAAGUUCCCCAACCAGAGGAGUGCUACCGAGGCAAAGGCCAGAGUUAUCGUGGCACAACUUCCGUCACUGCAUCGGGAAAGAAGUGCCAGGCCUGGAACUCCAUGUUCCCACACAGGCACAUAAAAACCCCAGACAGAUUCCCAGACGCGGAUUUGAGGGACAACUAUUGCAGAAACCCAGAUGGUGACAGCAGCCCAUGGUGUUUCACCACUGACCUCAACACGAUAUGGGAGUACUGCAAUCUCAAGAGGCUGAAGUUGAAGGACCUCUGGUCUGCCAAGAGAAGGACAUAUUUGUCCAAUAUGGAGUUACUCUUGGAGACUGAACUGUACUCAGCCAUCAAAGCCUGGUUUUGUCCGAAUUCCUAGUUUUGUUUCUUGGAUCAAGAAUGCAAUGGCUUCCCACUGAAUCUGGAUGCAGGCUAAGUGUCCUGGAAAGCAGUCCCUGUGUCAGAAACAACAUUCCAAGCAUGGUUUUACAAAUUAUGUAAUAAUUCAUAGGAAUCUUAAAUAAAUACCACUACUGGCUGGGUGUAAGUAGCUAUUGCAAAGCAAUAGGCAAGCUGA